UCUGUUAUGUUUAUUUUCUAUCAUUUGCUCUUUUUUUCCCCCUGUUUUUGUUUGUUUGUUGUUGUUUUUUUUGUUUUUUGUUUGUUUUGGUUUUCCUUAAAAUUUAUUAAGCCUAUUUGAAGAAUCCUAAAAAGAAGUAAGGAACCUAGCGAGUAGACUGUUUUUAUCAUUAUUGAAUUAUGACGUCAUAUUCAACCAUAAACAAACCCAGUGAUUUCCCUUUGAACAUAUCCGAAUUAUGUUCUGUUAACAACCUGUUCAUUGGUCGCUUUAUUGGACUCUUGAUUGAUUAUGGAAUGAACCUGGGGAAUGUAAGAUUAUUCUAACAUAGUCUUUGAAUUGAAUUAUCAAUGAACUUAAAAUAAUUCAAAUGAUAGGGAUUUUUGCUGAAAGAAUUUUGGGGAUUUGGAGAGCCUGAUAUGCUGUCGCCAUGAGCAACCAGAACGGCUUCUUACAUCACCAUAAAACCAAGUCGGAGGUCUCUGUGAGUGAAGAUGACAGUAUUAUCAAUAAGAAAUUACCGAAAGAGUUGUUACUGAGGAUCUUUUCCUUCCUUGAUGUUGUCUCACUCUGUCGGUGUGCACAGGUAUCCAAGUAUUGGAAUGUGCUAGCAUUGGAUGGGAGUAAUUGGCAGAGGGUUGACUUGUUUGAAUUCCAGCGAGAUAUUGUCGGUCCAGUUGUUGAAAACAUUUCCAAAAGAUGUGGCGGGUUUUUAAAGUCGCUAAGUUUACGAGGCUGUCAGAGUAUAACUGAUGCUGCAUUAAAGACAUUUGCCCAAUCCUGUCGUAACAUAGAGGAACUGAACCUGAACAACUGUAAAGACAUCACCGACACGACGUGCGAGAGUUUAGGACACCAUGGUCACAAGCUAGUCUCCCUUGAUAUCAGUUCAUGUCCGCAGAUCUCCAACCAGUCCCUCAAAGCUCUGGGGGUUGGAUGCCACAGUCUAAGGGUUUUAAAUUUAUCUUGGUGCACAAAGAUUACAAAUGAUGGGCUAGAGGCGCUAGCCAAAGGUUGUCAUAAUCUUCACACCUAUAUCGGCAAGGGUCUGUCUCAGGUCACAGAUGCAGGAAUAGGACAUUUAGCAAAACACUGUCAUAACCUUGAGAAAUUAGAUCUACAAGGAUGUAAUAGUAUUACAGAUGAGGCCUUACACAAAGUGGGCCAGCAUUGUAACCAGCUGUUAUUUAUUUGUAUAUCUAACUGUGCCCGUCUAACAGAUGCUUCUUUGGUAUCACUGGGUCAUGGCUGUCCAAAUAUCAGAACUCUGGAAGCGGCUUGUUGUUCACAUUUUACUGACAAUGGAUUUCAAGCAUUAGCACGGAACUGUAAUAAACUGGAGAAAAUGGAUCUAGAAGAAUGUAUACAAAUAACAGAUGCUACCUUAAAUUAUUUGGCCAAUUUUUGUCCCAACAUUAGUGCACUGACUUUAUCCCACUGUGAGUUGAUAACUGACGAAGGAAUCCGACAUGUUGGAUCUGGUGCAUGUGCCACUGAACAUUUACAUAUUCUUGAGCUGGACAAUUGUCCAUUAAUCACAGACGCAUCACUAGAACAUUUAACGGGAUGCCAAAAUUUGGAGCGGAUAGAAUUGUAUGACUGUCAACUCAUCACGAAAGCUGCGAUUCGUAGACUCCGAACUAGACUUCCCAACAUCAAAGUUCACGCAUACUUUGCCCCUGUGACCCCGCCCCCUGCAGUGGGUAACGGUAGACAACGUUACUGUAAAUGCUGUGUCAUUCUUUGAUAACGAAUUUAUGCCAUGGGAACAAAUUGUCAUUGUGUCCAAUGAGACUUGAAGAACCGUCAGUUUGUGUGAUAAUCGUGUGACAUGAUGCCUUUGUUCAUCUUUCUCUCCUUGACCCAGGAGUAUCUCCUGUAUGGAACAGUAUAAAGGACCAGAGGAGGAGAUGCCACUUUAUUUUAAAACACCAGAAAACUUGUUUUUUUUAUAUAAAGCCUCACCUGUUAACUAACUUUAACUUGAGCAUAGCUUUGGCCUUAACUUGUUGAUCAGUAUUUGUCUUUUUUCUGAUUUCUUAAUACGAGUUGUACUGGAGCCUCCAAUAUUAACUUCUAGGUGGAUGAAAACUAAGAAAGACUGAAAUCAAAAAAUAUGUAACACUGAAAUCAUUCACCCUUUCUGCUGUUGUUUUAAAGAAAGGUGUUUUAAGCAACCAUUGUAUUUUGUUAGCAGAGCCAUGUGUUACAUUGACUUCAGAUUUUAUUUCAAACAGAUCUCUCUCUCUCUCUCUUUCUUUCAUUCAUUAAGUGUUAAAAUCACAUUGUGAGCAUGCAAUUACAGUCUGCAGAGCUUUAUUGUGUUGCCUUCCAAUCAUAGUGAUGCUAGCCUGUUCUGUCUGUCUGUCUGUCACACUCUACAACUUUGUAAGAGAUAUAAUAUAUAGCAAGUGUAUACUUUACAUGAGAAUCAUUUGAUCAGUACCAUGAUGAGUGAUGUCAUCAACAGCAACACAUCUUCCUUGGAACGCUCUCUUUGUUUGAUAUUAUCGAUAGCAAUUCAACAACUCCACAUUUCAAUUCUACGUGAUUUGUCCAAUGCAUUGCUCCAACCAUAGUCCACUUUAGGCUGUAUUCCCUUAUACGUUGAUCAUGUGGGUGACAGAGGCACUUACAAAAUCAGUUCCUUUUACAUAGUACAAGAUUUGUAUUCAGUACAGUUGUAGUAUUGUUGAAUGGUUUUCGUUUUUGACUAUUUAUUUAUUGUAUUCAUUGGGGGGUAAGAGAAGUUGUAUUGUUUAGUGAAUAUGUUGUAUUUUGUGAGAAGUUGCUCGAUGCCGACAGAGAGCUGGUAAUUUCGAAUUUAUUGUUAUAUCAACCAACUUCUGUGUACUCCAGUUUUUUUUUGGUAAGCUGUUUGGUGUUUCUGAAACACUUGGAUGAUGUUUUUUGUUACUGAAAUUCAUUUUUUGUGUUUGUGUGUUCUCCAGUUAGAGACAGAUCAUGCCUUAUUGUCAUCGGUUACCAGUCUGAACAUAGGCUUUCAUUUAAUACAACUGCAAUUUAAAAAUUCAAAAUGUUUCACGAUGUCAGAUUAUAUAUGACAGUUAAAUUCAUAAAGCCCUAUCACCAAGUUUAGCAUAUUGUUUUUAAAAGUUGUAAGAUUGAUCUCGCUGUUCUGAAGUCUGCCCCAAUGAAUUAUAAAACUUGCAAGUAUCUAUAUACAGUAAAAUAUGCUUAUGACAAACAUGCUUAUAAUAAAUACACUGAUAACGAGUUUACGUUUAUUGCAAAGUAAUUUUUAUUCCCUUAUGAGAGGAAAAUAAGGAAAAUUUUAUUGGCUAUAACAAAGUUUGUUUUUGGCUGCCCCUUGGAGGUUCUGUAUAACCAUGUUUUACUGUACAUGGACAAUGAGCACUAAUGACUGUUUUUUGCCUGCUUCAACAGUAAAAAAGAAAAUGGUGGUAUAAGGGAACAAAGCACUCUGAUACAGAGGUCAGUAGGUCAUUAUCAUUAAUAAUCAACCAGUAAUGUCUGCAAUAAUUCAGCAAAACUGAUCUUGUCUCCUGUUUGUAACCCAUGAAGGUUCUGUGCUCUGUAUAUGCUUACGAUGGAUACAUUGUAUAUGUGCUGUUGUUUUGGGUUUUUUUUGAUUUUUUUUUAAUUUGUGGUAGAAUCUCAGUAUUUUUUUUUCACAAUCAUGAAUCCUUAAUUUUGUGUUGGAUUUGUAUUGUUUGUGAAAUGAUAACUACCCGUUCCCCCCAACACUGAAAACAUUGAUAAGACGUCCAUUUCAUAUGAGGCUUUUGUUUCGAGAAGGGAACUGAAAUACUAACAUGAAAAUCUGUUACUGCGGAGCUACAAUUAUGCUUAUAAAUGCUGCUAACCCAAUUCGAACGUUAGCUGGAUGAAUAGUAUUCACGAGUGUGAAUGAAGCAGCUCAGUGUGAAGUUGUUGACUAUCGGAAUAUUCCCCGAUUUGGAAACUUAUUAUUUUCAUUUUAUAUUUUAACCUGCUUGUUGCUUAAGUUACACAUAUUUUAGAGAUCAUCUGACGUCAUUGUUAUGUAAGCAGAGUAAUGGCUGCCUAGGAUACGGUGUAUCGUUGUCAUGGUAACAAAUGGUUGCCACAACAGCUGUGAUAUUGUAAUAUUACAAUUGAAUUAAUAUUAUGUAUAUGUGCAAUUUAAUGUCUGUCGAUAAUAAAAAGUUUAUUAUCA